AUGGAAACCAUUCCGUCCGAAUCAGCUUUCGACAAUGUCUCGCGGCGCCUGUACGCCAUCGCUUUUGUCGCUGUGGCGUUCUUUGCUGUCGGUCGCAUACGACAGUACUUGCGCCUGAGACAUUUCGCCGGACCUAGGACGACGGGAUUCUCUUGGUUGUGGCAUUCCAGAGCUGUUAUUAGCGGCCAAUCUCCUAGAUACUACGGCGAAGUGUGCGAGAAGUACGGGCCGAUUGCUAGAGUUGCACCCAACCAUCUCAUAACAUCGGACCCAGAAUUUUGGGCACGGAUCAAUGCGGUGCGUUCACCGUAUGCGAGGUCAUCUUGGUACUACCACUGUGCUCGGUUCGAGACGGGAAAAGACAAUGUCUUUACAGAUUGCGACAACGAUAGCCAUGAUGCAAGACGCAAGAAGAUGACAUCUGGGUACUCUGGUAAAGAAAACCCAACGUUAGAGCCCUCAAUCGAUCUUCAUGUCAAAGAACUUGUGGAGUUGGUGCACAAGUAUGCAGUACCAACAGCAUCAGUAGAACAAUCUAAACCGAUGGAUCUAGCCGAGAAGAUACCCUUCUUCACAUUAGAUGUUAUCAGUCAUGUUGGCCUUGGACAAGCAUUUGGUGACCUGAAAGCCGACAAGGAUCUCCAGAAUUACCUGAAGUCGAGCGAAGAAGGUCUGAAAAUUGGCAACACGGCCUUUGCAAUGGGUAUAGCCUGGCUCAGAGAUACGCCUAUCAUCGGACCUGCCAUCAGUCCAUCGGAAAAGGACGCCAAUGGCUUCGGUAACAUGAUGGCUCAAGCACGAAAGAUAGUCAACUCUAGGAUGACGAAGUCAACUGAUGACAAGUCUGAUAUGUUCGCGUCAUUCGUUCGUCACGGUCUCUCUGGAAACGAUCUCUUUCAAGAGGUGUUCGAGCAGAUUCUUGCUGGGUCUGACACUACGGCUGCUGCUAUUCGGGCUAUCCUGCUCUAUGUCAUGAGCCAUCCACGUGUGUAUGCGAAGCUCCAGGCCGAGAUAGAUGAGUCAGUCAAGGCUGGCACGGCGCCUGCAUCUCCCGGUAUCAUCUCCGAUGCAGAAGUGCGCCGACUGCCGUACCUGGGAGCUGUUAUUCGGGAAGGGAUGCGGAUGCAUCCGCCCGUCGCCAAUCUCUUCUCAAAGGUUACGCCAGAUGAAGGAGACGUCGUGACCAUUAACAACAAGGAACACUUCAUCCCCGGUGGGACUUUGGUAGGCUAUUCGGCCUGGACAAUGCAUCGUAACAACCGCUCCCUUUACGGCGAGGAUUGCGGCACAUUUCGUCCCGAGCGCUGGCUCAUUGACACGAGCGAUGCGGGCGAGAAGGCACGCUUAGCCCGGAUGACAAAGACUAACGAUAUGAUCUUUGGCUACGGUCGAUGGCUCUGCUUGGGACGCAACGUUGCGUUGAUCGAGAUAUACAAGUGCGUCUUUGAAUUGUUGAGACACUUUGAUCUAUCAUUGGCCAAUCCAUUGGAGCCGUGGAAGAUAUUCAACUCCCUCGGGCUCUGGGAAAUCAAGGACAUGUGGGUGAACGUUACUAUGAGGGAAUAG